AUGUCGUCGACGGAAUCGGCGUCGCUCUCAUUCCGUGACGUCGUCUUUCUCCCUGCCGAUGCCGCGCCGCCCUAUUCCCAAGACGAGCCCGACAGCCCGCACUCCGACUCCCCACACAGCAAUCAACGCGACGCGGACGUCUUAAAUGAUCAACGAGGCGCGGACAUCAAACAGCAACGCUGGGGCUUCUUAAACGAUCGGCGCGCAGAACUCAAUGGUUCAAGCGUAGACUCCCGCGCCGCCGCUAUCGACAACUUGGCGCUGCAGCCGUCCGAAAGCAACGGCGCCUCGUUAGAACCACCAGCCAUGCGCCUGCCUUCUUUUUCCUUCGCCACCGCGCCACCAGUAGAAGCGCCGAGGAAACCAAACCCGCCUCACCAUGAGCGCGGCCCCGAGUCGGGGACCCCGAUAAUUGCCGCUACAGAUGCCAUAAACGAGAGUAGUGGUACUAGUCCACUUGACUCAUCCGAUUGCGUAUUGGUGCGCCUUGACGGUCCCGAUCUGACCUUUCCUCUGCACACGACGCCGUCCGGCGCGCAACGAAAGCUCUCGCGAAUGCUGGCGAAAAAGCGCAGCGACGGCUGCGAAGUCCGCGAAGUGGCCAGUUAUUGCACCUCCCCGUCGCCCGACUCGAGCACAGUUGUCGCGGCCGACGCGAGUCGCGCCGCCAUCCUGCCGCCAACGUACCUGGACCUCGCGUCGCCCCGCUGGAGAGUCGGCUUCAGCGGAAGCCGCAAUGUGCUGGGUCUCGCUGGGUGGCGCCGUGCCGCGGAUCUGCAGGUCAGCUCCCCCGCCGGGAGCUCCGCUCAACGAGCCGCCGCCGCCGCCUCCGCCACCGCUGUCGCCGCCGCCGCCUCCGCCACCGCUGUCGCCGCCGCCGCUGCCGCAACAGCGGCGAUAAAUUCCAGUCUCGGUUUCGGAUUGGGGGGGUGCGCGAGUCAACCGCUCGUGGCGAAGGAGGAGGACGAGGGGGAGGAUGAAGAACCGCCUCUUGAAGAGGCGCGUGAGACGAAGGGGGAGAUGAUGAAUAGGGCGCUGCCCCGGGGGGGGCGUGCGGAUUCCGCAAGCCCGCGUUCUCCGCGCGAGUUCACCCGGCAGCACGCGCACAAGUUUCCGCCACUGGUUGCGCUGAAGGAUGCGCAAGCGCUGGUGGAGCGGAUGAUGGGGGACGCGGAGGGCGGAACGGGGGGAAGCAACGGGGGCAGGACGGAUGGAAAGGGAAAGUUCGAAGGACCGUGGGAAAUCGUGACGGACGGGUGCAGCGGGCGUGCUUCCUCCCUUUCCUCUCGUCCAGCUGUCAUUAGAGUAGUGGACCACCUGCCUGACGUGGCAUGUGCUGACGUGGCAGUGGAGGGGAAGCCGUGGGAGCAGGCUGAGCUGUCAAUGAAGGAAUGGACGGCAACAGUUUCCAUGCUGGUGAGUGUGGGGGUGUGCGUUUUAAGCUUGCGCAAGUCUCUGCUGCUCGCUGAAAUGUUUGUUGCUGCCCGCCGGUCUGCCCCUGUGUUCGAAGCCUACCUGGCAGACAAGCCAGGGGGACACGUGGUGGCGUCUGAUUGGGCGACGCAGCUCCCAAGGCACCUGGCGGAGGGCGUGCUGGGGGCGUUUGAGUGGGUGGCCGUGGGGCUGGAGAGGGCGGCAGCAGCAGCAGCAGCAGCCGUGCCAACACGCACGAAGAUCUCCACCAGGCAGCAGCUGGCCUCUCUGCUCUCACCGCGCCACCACAGGGCUGCUCCGCUCGCCUCCCCCCGGAGGGCAUCCCCCCCUUGGCAACAGCUUGCCUCUCUCCUCCUCUCACCGCGCCACCACAAGGUUGCUCCGCUUGCCUCCCCCCGGAGGGCGUCCCCUCCGCUGCUCUCCCCCCGCAAGUCGUCCCCGCCUCCCACCUCUCCUCCACGUGCCGGCGCACCCGUGGGCGGGCAGGGGGACACAAAGCCGCUGCCCAUGGUGGUGCCGCUGCCCAUGGUGGUGCGCGUGGUGGGGCACGUGGGGGAGUAUGCUGACUGGGACACUCCUGCUCCGUUCAUCCCUCCACCCGGCCCUAAUGUGCCCACAGCUUCGGUCCGAACCUACAGAGGAGCCUUGGCAAGCAUCUUCAGGGAGUUUGGAGGAGGGGGAAGAGUGGGCGAGCAGGGUGUGACUAUAACGGGAGUGACUGAACGGAUACUGGGGGCGCUUAUGGGGGUUGUGGAGGGGAAGGCGGUUGCAUGUGAGGAUGACGUCACCAGGGCACUGUUCAUGCUCAACAACACAUGCGUCAUCCAGCAAGCGUGCCAGCGCUUCCCAUCAAUCAGCCCUGUCUCGGCAUCGGUGGAGGACCACUCACAGGCCUUCCUGCUCGCAGCUACCAGGAGGCUGCUGCAGGUGCUACCGUCUCCCGAAAAGAGCCUGAAGUUGAGCCAACGACAUGUGGAGGAGAGGCUUUCUGAAUUCAACAAGGAGUUUGAGUCGCUCUCGCUGCAGCAGCUCUCCUGGCCAAUAGUGGACGACGACUGUCGAGUGGCAAUGCGCAAGAGAUGGGCCGCUCAUAUUGAAUCCGUCUACAGCGAUUUUGUCGACCCUCACUUGUAA